AUGGGGUUUAAUACACGGUUUUCCAGAGGAGUUAGUGACUUAAGCUGCCAUUCUCAACAAUGACGUCACUGGAAAAACUCAAUACAUCCUUUCUGAGAUAAAGGGCCCAAAAGUGUUCACAAUACUUCAAAUGAGGCCACACCAGUGCUUUAUAAAGUCUCAACAUUGCAUCUUUGCUUUUAUUUUCGAGUCUUCUUGAAAUGAAUGCUAACAUCGCUUUUACCUUGUUCACCACAGACUCAACCUGUAAAUUAACCAUGGGAGGAUCUUGCACAAAGACUCCAAGUACCUUUGCACCUCAGUAUUUUAUAUCUUCUCUCUAUUUAGAAAAUAGUCAAUCCUUUCAUUUCUUUUACCAAAGUACAUAACUAUACACUUCCAGACAGUGUAUACCAUCUGCCAUUUCUUUGUCCAUUCUCCUAAUCAGUCUAAGUCCUUCUGUAGCUUCUACUUCCUCAAAACUACCUGUCCCUCCAUCUGUCUUCAUAUCAUCUGCAAACUUUACAACAAAGCCAUCAAUUCCAUCAUACAAAUUAUUGACAAAUAACAUGAGAAGAAUUGGUCCCAACACAGACCCCUGUGGAACACCACUAAUCACUGACAGCCAUUCAGAAAAGGUUCCCUUUAUUCUAACUCUUUGCCUUCUGCAAAUCAACCACAUGGAUAAAGCUAGAAUCUUUCCUGAAAUACCUUAGGCUCGUAGCUUAUUAAGCAGUCUUGUAUGGCACCUUGUCAAAGGCCUUCUGAAAAUCCAAGAACACAUAAUCAACCAAUACUCAUUUGACUAUCCUGCUCAUUGUUCCUUUAAAGAAUUCUGUUAGACCAUAAGACAAAGGAGCAGAAGUUGGGCAUUCGGCCCAUCGAGUCUGCUGUGCCAUUUUAUCAUGAGCUGAUCCAUUCUCCCAUUUAGUCCCACUCCCCCCGCUUUCUCACCAUAACCUCUAAUGCCCUGGCUACUCAGAUACCUGUCAAUCUCUGCCUUAAAUACACCCAAUGACUUGGCCUCCACUGCCGCCCCUGGCAACAAAGUCCACAGAUUCAUCACCUUCUGGCUAAAAAAAUUUCUUCGCUUCUCUGUUCUGAAUGGGUGCCCUUCAAUCCUUAAGUCAUGCUCUCUCAUACUAGACUCCCCCACCAUGGGAAACAACUUUGCCACAUCCACUCUGUCCAUGCCUUUUAACAUUUGAAAUGUUUCUAUGAGGUCCCCAUUCUUCUAAACUCCAAGGAGUACAGUCCAAGAGCAAUCAAACGUUCCUCAAUAUGUUAACCCUUUCAUUCCCAGAAUCAUCCUAGUGAAUCUUCUUUGAACCCUCUCCAAUGUCAGCACAUCCUUUCUUAAAUAAGGAGCCCAAAACUGCACACAGUACUCCAAGUGAGGUCUUACCAGUGCCUUAUAGAGCCUCAACAUCACAUCCCUGCUCCUAUAUUCUAUUCCUCUAGAAAUGAAUGCCAAUAUUGCAUUCGCCUUCUUCACCACCGACUCAACCUGGAAGUUAACCUUAAGGGUAUCCUGCAGGAGGACUCCCAAGUUUUGUUGCAUCUCAGAACUUUGAAUUCUCUCCUCAUUUAAAUAAUAGUCUCCCUAUUUAUUUCUUCUACCAAAGUGCAUGACCAUACACUUUCCAACAUUGUAAUUCAUUUGCCACUUCUUUGCCCAUUCCCCCAAUCUAUCCAAGUCUCUCUGCAGACUCUCUGUUUCCUCAGCACUACCAGCCCCUCCACCUAUCUUUGUAUCAUCAGCAAACUUAGCCACAAAGCCAUCUAUUCCAUAAUCCAAAUUGUUGAUACACAACAUAAAAAGAAGCGGCCCCAACACAGACCUCUGCAGAACACCACUGGUAACUGGAGCCAACCAGAAUGGGAUCUCUUUAUUCCCAUUCUCUGUUUCCUGCCAAUCAGCCAAUGCUCUAUCCACAUAUGUAACUUUCCUGUAAUUCCAUGGGAUCUUAUCUUGUUUAGCAGCCUCAUGUGCGGCACCUUCUCAAAGGCCUUCUGAAAAUCCAAAUACACCACAUCCAUUGCAUCUCCCUUGUCUAGCCUACUUGUAAUUUCCUCGAAAAGUUGCAAUAGGUUUGUCAGGCAGGAUUUUCCUUCAAGGAAACCAUGCUGAGUUUGGCCUACCUUGUCAUAUGCUUCCAGGUACUCCGUAACCUCAUCCUCAAUCGAUUCCCAACAACUUCCCAACCACCGAUGUCAAGCUAACAGGUCUAUAUAAUAUCCUUUUUGCUUCCUUGCCCCCUUCUUAAAUAGCGGAGUGACAUUUGCAAUCUUACAGUCCUCCGGAACCAUGCCAGAAUCUAUUGACUUUUGAAAGAUCAUUGGUAAUGUCUCUGCAAUCUCCACAGCUACUUCCUUCAGAACACGAGGGUGCAUUCCAUUUGGUCCGGGAGAUUUAUCCACCCUUAAACUAUUCAGCUUCUUGAGUACCUUCUCUGUCAUAAUUGUGUCUGCGCGCACUUCUCUUCCCUGACACCCUUGAGUGUCUGGUAUACUGCUGAUGUCUUCCUCAGUGAAGACUGAUGCAGAAUACUCAUUCAGUUCUUCUGCCAUCUCCUUGUCUCCCUUUUCAAUUUUUUUAGCAUCAUUUUCUAUCGGUCCUAUAUCUACUCUCACCUGUCUUUUUAUAUACUUGAAAAAGCUUUUAGUAUCCUCGUUGAUAUUAUUUGCUAGCUUCCUUUCAUAGUUCAUCUUUUCCCUCUUAAUGACCUUCUUAGUUUCCUUUUGUAAACUUUUAAAAACUUACCAAUUCUCUGUCUUACCACUAAUUUUUGCUUCUUUGUAUGCCCUCUCCUUUGCUUUUACUUUGACUUUGACUUCUCUUGUCAGCCACGGUUGCAUCCUUUUUCCAUUUGAAAAUUUCUUCUUUUUUGGAAUAUAUCUGUCUUGCACCUCCCUCACUUCUUGUAUAAACUCCAGCCUCUGCUGCUCUGCUGUCUAAAUACACUGGAAUUUAGAAGGAUGAGAGGGGAUUUGAUUGAAGAUUAUUUAGGGAUUGGACACACUGGAGGCAGGAAGCAUGUUCCAGCUGAUGGGUGAGUCCAGAAUAAAGGCCACAGUUUAAGAAUAAGGGGUAGGCCAUUUAGAACAGAGAUGCGGAAAAACUUUUUCACCCAGAGAGUGGUGGAUAUGUGGAAUGCUCUGCCCCAGAAGGCAGUGGAGGCCAAGUCUCUGGAUGCAUUCAAGAGAGAGUUAGAUUGAGCUCUUACAGAUAGCGGGGUCAAGAAAUAUGGGGAGAGGGCAGGAAUGGGGUACUGAUUGUGUAUGAUCAGCCAUGAUCACAGUGAAUGGCGGUGCUGGCUAGGAAGGCCGAAUGGCCUACUCCUGCACCUGCUGUCUAUUUUCUAUUGUUUUUCCCGCUAGGGUCCCUUUCCAGUCAACCUUGGCCAGUUCCUCUCUCAUGCCACUGUAAUUUCCUUUACUCCACUGAAAUACUGACACAUCGGAUUUUGGCUUCUCUUUCUCAAGUUUCACAGUGAACUCAAUCAUGUUACAAUCACCGCCUCCUAAGUGUUCCUUCACCUCAAUCUCUGAUCACCUCUGAUUCAUUACAUAAUACCCUAGUGGGCUCAACAGCAAGCUGUUCUAAAAACCCAUUUCAUAGACAUUCUACAAGUUCUCUCUCUUGAGAAACCAGUUCCAACCUGAUUUUCCCAAUCCACUCGCAUUAUCAUAACACUGCCCUUCUGGCAAGCCUUUUUAAUUUCCUGUUGUAAUUUGUAGUCCACAUCUCUGCAGCUGUUAGGAGGCCUGUAUAUAACUGCCAUCAGGGUCCUUUUACCCCUGCAAUUUCUUAGGUCAACCCGUAAAGAUUUUGCACCUUCCGAUCCUAUGUCACCUCUUUUUAAUGAUUUAAUAUCAUUUCUUACCAAUAAAGCCACGCCACCCCCUCUACCUACCUGCUUAUCCUUCCGAUACACCGUGUAUCCUUGGACUUUCAGCUCCCAGAGACAUGCAUCCUUUAGCCACGUCUCAGUGAUGGCCACAAUAUCAUACCUGCCAAUCUGUAGCUGUACGACAAGAUCAUCCACCUUAUUCCUUAUGCUGUGUGCAUUUAAGUGUAUCACCUUAAGUCCAGUAUUUGGUACUUUUUGCUUUGAUUGCACUGCAACUCAACCCAAUGGCUGCAAAUUUGCCCCAUCACCUGUCUGUCCUUCCUGACAUCUUUACUGCUCACUAGCUUAGAUUUAUUUCUGUUUUUCCCCCUCCUCCGCUCUAUCAUUCUGGUUCCCAUCCCCCUGCCAAAUUAGUUUAAACCCUCCCUAACAGCUCUAUUAAACCUUCUUGCCAGGAUAUUGGUCCCCUUCCGGUUCAGGUGUAACCCGUCCUUUUUGAACAGGUUAUACUUCCCCCAGAAGAGAACCCGAUGAUCCAAGAAUCUGAAACCCUGCACCCUGCACCAGUCUCAGCCACGUAUUCAUCUGCCUGAUCCUACUAUUCUUGCCCUUGCUAGCAUGUGGCACAGGUAGCAAAAUGACUUACUUGUUGCUGAGGGGGGCAGCCACAGGGGUGCUCUCCACUAUCCCAGGCAUUUCCCUUCCCUCUGCUGGCAGUCACUCAGUUUUCUGACCCCUGUAGCCUAGGGAUGACUACCUCCCCUGUAGCUCCUGUCUAUCACCUCUUCACUUUCCCUAAUAAGCAGUAGGUCAUCAAGCUGCAGCUCCAGAUCCCUAACAAGGUCUCUGAGGAGCUGCAUCUUGGUGCACCGGGCGUAGAUGUGGCCAUCAGGGAAGCUGGAGGUCUCCCAGGAUUCCCACAUCUGACACCCUGAACAAAGCGCUAAUCCUGCAGACAUGCUACCUAAUUCUUCAGGAGUGAAACAAGGAAAAAUAAGUCUACUCACCCACUUACCUCACCAAGCACAUGAACUUUUUAAACCAUUAGCUUGUACCGUUAGCUGUGUGAGCCCUGCUGUUCCGCAGUCUGUCCGGGCCGAUUCGCCAAGGGGAGUAAAAGAGUUGGUGCCUUGCUCUCACCUCUUCCCAGUACCGCCAAAGCCCUACCCUCUGCUGCCACUCACUCCUCUGCCCACUGUAUAGGGUGGUCUUUUUCAACUCUAUGUCUCACACCUGCGCAGUCUCGCCCUUCUUGUACUCUUAAGUUUUUUUAAAAACUGCUGUCCUUCAGAAUUUAGCUCUCACGCUGCCUUUCUUGUCCCACUCCAGAAAAACAGAUCAAAUGGAUUGUCAGGCAAGAUUUUCCUUUGAGGAAACCAUGCUGACUACAGCCUAUUUUAUCAUGUGCCUCCAGGUAUCCUGAGAUCAUAUCUUUAAUCAUCGACUUCAAAAUCUUCCCAACCACUGAGGUCAAACUAACCAGCCUAUCGUUUCCUUUGUUUUGCCUUUCUCCCAUCUGGAGUGACCUCCGGGUUAUUACCUAACCGUGUCCAGCUCAUUACCUAACUCCCAGUCCAGUAUAGCUGACCCUAUGCUAAGCCCAACAGCAAACUGCUCUAAAAAGCUAACUCUUAGGCAUUCAACAAACUCAUUCUCUUGAGAUCCACUACCAACCUGAUUUUUCCCAAUCAACCUGCAUAUUAAAAUCUCCCAUGACUACCAUAACAUUGACCUUUUGACUAGCCUUUUCUAUUUCCUGUUGUAACCUGUGGUCCACCUCCCAGCCACUAUUGAGAGGCCUGUAUAUAACUGCCAUCACCGUCCUCAUACCCUUAUAGUUUCUUAACUCAACCCACAAGGAUUCAACAUCUUCCAAUCCUGUGUCACAUCUUUCUACUGAUUUGAUGCCACUCUUUGCCAGUAGAGCGAUACCACCCCCUCUGCCUGCUUUCCUAUCCCUCUGAUAUAAUGUGUAACUUUGGAUAUUAAGCUCCCAAUCAUCCUUCAGCUACAAUUUAGUGAUGACCACAACAUCAUACCUGGCAAUCUGUAACAGUGCAACAACAUCAUCUACCUUAUUUCUAUACUACACUCAUUUAGGUACAACACCUUGAGUACAGUAUUUGCUAUCCUUUCUGAUUCUGCAUCCCUGAUGAUUUGAUACCCAGCCUGUUAACUGCAACUAAGUCCCCUCACCUGUCUGCCCUUCCUGACAGUCAGACUGAAGCUAUCUUUACUUUUUUACCACCUGUACUAUCCUGAGUCCCUUCAAUCUGGUUCCCACCCCCCCCUGCCAAAUUAGUUGAAACCCUCCCCAGCAGCUCUAAUGAACCUGCUUGUGAGAAUAUUGGUCCCCCUCGGGUUCAGAUGCAACUUGUCACUUUUGAACAGGUCAUACCUCCCUUAGGAGAUCCCAAUUAUCCAAGAACCUGAAGCCCUGCCCCUGAAUCAGCUUCGCAGCCGUGCAUUUAUUUGCAAAAUCUUCCUGUCUCUGCCCUCACUGGAGCAUGGCACAGAUAACAAUCCAGAGAUUACUACCUGUGAUGUCCUGUUUCUCAGCUUUCUACCUCGUUCUCUAAAUUCUCCUUUUAGGACUUCAGUGCUUUUUCUUCCCAUGUCAUUGGUACCAAUAUGUACCAAGACAUCUGAAUGCUCCUUCUCCCUCUCCAAAAUGUUGUGGACUAGAUCUGAGACGUCCCUGACCCUGGCACCUGGGAGGCGACACACCAUUGCUAUUGAGGCCCCUAUCACUACCAUUCCCUUCUUUUUUCUCUUUUCCUUCUGCACCAUGGAGCCAUGCUCAGUGCCCAUCACGUGGUCAUCAUGGCAUUCCCCUCAGGAGGUCAUCCCCCACAAAUGGAUCCAAAGCGGAAAAUGGCCACGGGGUGCUCUGCUCUAACUGCCUAUUUCCAUUUCUCCGGAUGGUCACACAGAUACUCGCCUCCUGCAACUUUGUGGUGACCACAUCAUAGAAACAUAGAAAACUUACAGCACAGUACAGCCCCUUCGACCCACAAAGCUGUGCCGAAUGUGCCAUACCUUAGAACUGCCUAGACCGGGGGUCGGCAACCUGCGGCUCCCGAGCCAUUUGUGGCUCUUUCACCUCUGUGCUGCAGCUCCCUGUGGCUUUGGGAAAUAAUUGGUCAGUAUUUAAUUAAAAUGUAUUUUAUGUUAGUUUGUUAGCUUUUGAAAUGUAAUUCUAAAUUUGAAGAUUAUGGUGAUCUUGUACAAUCUAAGUGUGGCGACACAUUUCCUCACAAUUAGCCAGCAUUCCGGCUAAGGGAGAUAGCCUACGGGGGUUUGUGAGUACGCGUCUUUUGCAGCAUCUGCGUCCAUGGGGGCUGGGUUGAGGGAGGCUUAAAAGCAAGGCUGUUUAGUUCGAAUAAAGUUAUUCGACUGCAGUUUACUGACUGCGUGAGCACACCGCUACAACGUGUUUUUAUCGCUAUUAAUAUACGUCACCACUGCCAAUACCUGACACCCGCCAGUGCGCGAUUUCUUUAAUUUUUCGAUCCAAGGUAAGCCAACUAUGGAGAAUUCUAAAAAAAGAAAAGUGACUGAAGAAAACAGAACGUUUAAUGAUACGUGGACAGAUUCAUUUGCUUUCACUGUUGACGAGACUGGUUUACCGGUAUGCUUAAUAUGCAAUGAGAAACUAGCAAACAACAAAAAGUCAAAUGUCGCAAGGCAUUUCCAGAAUAAACACGCAGCCUUUGCUCAAAAAUAUCCGGAUGGAGAUGAGAGAAAAAAAGCCGUUUCGGAACUGAUGCGGAAGGUUGAUCUGAGCAAAAAUCAUUUCCAGAAAUGGAUGAAGUCUGGAAAAUCAAUGACAUACGCCAGUUAUAUUGCCGCUCAGGAAAUAGUCAGGCACGGGAAGCAGUUUACAGAUGGUGAAUAUAUAAAAGAAUCUUUCAUUAAGAUUUCAGAACAUCUAUUCACGGACUUUAAAAACAAGAGUGAAAUUGUGCAGAAAAUCAGGGAUAUGCCCCUCUCUGCAAAGACUGUCAAAGACAGAACCAUAAAAAUGGCAGAAGACAUCACAAGACAGCAAAUUAAAGACAUCAAUUCAGCUGUGGCCUACUCGAUUGCCUAUGACGAGUCUAAAGACAAAGGUGAUAUUGAACAAAUAGCGUUGUUCUGCCGGUAUGUAAACUCUGCCGGGCCACAGGAAGAACUGAUUGAGUUGAUACCUCUAAAAGACCAAACACGGGGGGAGGACAUCUGUGAGGCUGUCUUGAAUUGUUUAAGAGCCAAAGGAAUAAAGACCACCCAUCUGGUGUCAGUAGCUACUGAUGGGGCGCCGAAUAUGACGGGAACGCACAAGGGAUUUGUGGCUUUACUGCAGAAGUCGCUGGACAGAAAGCUGCUGACUUUUCACUGCAUCUUGCACCAAGAGGCACUGUGCGCUCAAACAUUUCCUCCGGAAUGCACAGAAGUAAUGGAUGUUGUCAUUCAGAUUGUCAAUAAAAUAAUGGCAAAAAGUUUAAAUCACCGUCAAUUCCGUUUGUUACUGGACUAGCUGGAAAGCGCAUAUUCUGAUCUCCUGCUGCACAACAAAGUCCGGUGGCUGUCCAAAGGGGAGGUGCUGAAACGCUUUGUCGCGUGUCUGGAAGAAGUGAAAACUUUCCUGGGCAGCAAAGGGCUCACCUUUCCUGAGCUGGAACAGCCAGAGUGGCUGGAAAAGCUACACUUCAUGGUAGACAUGACAGCACACCUGAACACGCUGAACACAACUCUUCAGGGGUAAGGACGCACAGCCCUGCACAUGUUGGAGGAUGUUUUGGCAUUCGAGCGCAAGUUGACAGUGCUUGCCAGAGAUUUACAGAAAGGCACAUUGUCUCACUUCCCCAAUUUGACAAGAGUUCAAACAAGGUCACGACAUGAUAAUUUCGGAGUAUUUACAUUCUGCAAUCAUCGCAAUGCAAACAUCGUUUGGGAAACGCUUCUGUGAGUUCAGAGAGGAAAAAAACACAUUAUCCUUCCCGGUCACUCCCUUAAGCAUCGAUCCUUCCCUACUGAAUACGACUGCAUUGGCAGGUGUGAGUCAACCUGAUCUUGAGAUGGAACUGGCCGACAUAGCCGACAAAGACAUAUGGGUGUCCAAGUUUAGACGCUUGACAGCAGACCUUGAAGAUGUUGCCCGUCAGAAGGCCGUUCUUGCUCAGAAUCACAAAUGGAGUGAUAUUGAAAACCUUCCAAAACCGGACAAACUUGUGUUCGAAACAUGGAAUGCUAUGCCCGACAUUUAUGUAAACAUGAAAAAGUAUGCGCUUGGAGUCCUGUCGAUCUUUGGAUCCACAUAUGUAUGUGAGCAGGUGUUCUCCAACAUGAACUUUAUUAAAAACAAACAUCGCGCACGCCUCACAGAUGACAGCUUGCGAUCCUGUGUAAAGAUGAAGGUGACGUCAUACAGCCCUGAUGUGCAGACGCUGUGCGCUGAGGUCCAGGAGCAGAAAUCCCAUUAACCAAGUGAAAAACCAUUUGAUCAUCGAGGCACGCCACAGAGGUACUUCUGCUUUUCAAAAUACGGUCAUUCGUUUUGUGGAGGAUUAUGCCCCCCAGGUUCUGAAGAUUCAUGCUGAGUUUAAAGGUGUAAUGAAAGUGCUUUUUGAUCGCGGAUUCAGACCCUCUCUCCAAAAUCCAGCCGAUCUUCGAAUUACGCUUACUACUGGAGAUUAUAAGUGGUUUAAAUCAGUGAAGGAGGCUGAGGCGUUUGUUGGAAGUCUUCCGGCCACCUCGUCUUCUUCGGAACCGGCCUGACCUUCUAAAAUGGUUGAUAAGUACUUCUCAAAGUAAAGCUAUUUUUUCCGAACUCAGACUUUACUUGAAUAAUUUAGACAUUAAAUAUUGAAACUCUAAGGGCUGUAGUCAAUCUCUCCCUGGACUUGGUGCGUUUUUUCUAAAUAGAUGAUUUAAGUUUAAUGUUUUCCUGUGGACUUUUAGAUUUUACUCGUGUAAUCUAUUUUACUUCUGUAUAACUUUAUCUAUAGAGAACUACAAUUGAUUUUAACUUGUUUUAGAGGUUUGGCGUUUUUAUUGAUGGCCUCCCUGUUGGUUGAUUUAUAGUUUAAAUUCUACUUUUUUUUUCUGUAAACGGUUGAUAAGUACACUCUUUAAAUUUAUAAUUUCCCCCUUUUUUUCAAUCUUUCAAAAU